AGCGGCCCCCGCGGCCGGGGCCGGGCGAGGCCGGUGAGUCAGAGCCGCACAGUAAAUAUUUGUAUUAGCCGGAGCCGGCUCGCUAAUGGUGGACGCGUGAGGCGGAGGCGCGAGCGCGGCGGCGGCGGCCGGAGCGGCGGCGGCGGCGCCAUGUCCGUCAACAUGGACGAGCUCAAGCACCAGGUCAUGAUCAACCAGUUCGUGCUGACGGCGGGCUGCGCGGCCGACCAGGCGAAGCAGCUGCUGCAGGCGGCCCACUGGCAGUUCGAGACGGCCCUCAGCGCCUUCUUCCAGGAGACGAACAUCCCCUACAGCCACCACCAGAUGAUGUGCACUCCUGCCAACACCCCUGCCACGCCCCCCAACUUCCCUGACGCCCUCACCAUGUUCUCGCGACUCAAGGCCUCCGAGACCUUCCACGGGGGCGCAGCGGGCAGCCCCAUGGCGGCCACCGCCACGUCUCCGCCGCCUCACUUCCCCCACACGGCCAGCUGGCCCGCUGCAGCCUCGCCCCCGGGGGGCGCACAACACCAGGCGCCACAGCAGCCGCCCCUGUGGACUCCGGCCCCCCCCUCCCCGGCGUCAGACUGGUCGCCCCUGGCCCCCCCACAGGCCGCGUCAGAAACCAGGGCCCACCCUGCCAUGGAAGCCGAGAGAUAAGGGUGGCCCCUCCCCCCUCCCGGAGCCCAGGACCCCGUGGGGCGGGGGAGAGGACGUCUCCGUGGGCCCCCCACCCUCCGUCUGCACCCCGGGCCCCGGAGCCUCUGCUGGCGCGGUGGAGGGUGCCACGGACAGAAGCCAGAGACCAGGCGGCCUUCCCAGAAGACCUGCCCGCCCGCGUCGAGCCCCCGGCCCCGGGACUCUCACCAGCCCGGCCGCCUGGCAGGCUCCUGCUGGAGGCUCCUCGGGGCCAAGGGCCACGAUCCCCACCCCGGGCAUGCAGCGCCUUCUCCGCAUGCGUGCGUGUCGCGGUGUCAGUGUAUUUAUGUGUGUGUCGCUCUUCCGGAAGCAACCCUGUGUCGGGGCAGCUGGACUUUGCAUGUUCGAGUGUGCCCCAACCCCUGACUGUUACCCCCCCAGCCCCUGCCGGGGCCCUGCUCCCCCUCAUUGCCCGCUUUGCUUGUCCCUGCAGAGAAAAGGAUUGUGGGAAACUCCAGGACUCUUCCCACUGGUCCCCCGGUGCUGCCUGCCGGCCGCCUGCAUGCCUCCCACCCUAACAAAGGAAAGAAAGUUCCCACCA